GAGAGUUAGUCUAUGAUUACAACGGGCAACAGAAAGUUAGUCUGCAACUACAACGGGCAUAGACCAAUACAACGGGGCAGACUAAUUACAACGGGAAAUAGAAAGUUAGUCUGCAACUACAACGGGCAUAGACCAAUACAACGGGCUAGACUAAUUACAACGGGAAAUAGAAAGUUAGUCUAUGAUUACAACGGGGCAGACCAAUACAACGGGCUAGACUAAUUACAACGGGAAAUAGAAAGUUAGUCUACAAUUACAACAGAGACAGACCAAUACAACGGGGCAGACUAAUUACAACGGGAAAUAGAAAUUUAGUCUAUGAUUACAACAGAGACAGACUAAUACAACGGGAAUAAUAAAAAAUC